CCACUCUUUGUAAGAAUUUCUCUUCAAGGCGUCAACAUCGGUGCGCGCGGGUUACCACCACACUAGGGUCCUGGGAACAUUUUUCCAAUAAAUGCGUCGCCUUUCUGCCCUCAACAUCGUGCUACCUACCUUUCUUCAUCUCACCUCCUUCUGCCUUCACUCAAAAUGAUCAACACGCUCGCCCUCGCCCUAUCAUCCCUGCUGGCCUUGCCAGUCAGUCUGGCUUGCCCUACCAAGCCUCACACCAACACUACUUGCCGUCCCGUCUCGGGAGACAAGACGAUCUCUUCCUUCCAGCUGUACCCCGAAAAUGCGGAUUACGACACAAAGCGCUGCGUUGCGUAUCUAAGCGUCCUCUACAACUCCACCGUGGCCGUCUGGGAUCCUUACACGAACUCUGUCGUCGACACCAUUGCCGUGCCGGGCCUGAGCUUCAACCCGACACUCCACUCCAGCGGCGUCCGCCGCGAUCCGCUGGACCGCCUCUCCAUCAUCAUCGACGCCGGCGCCGCCUUCGACACGGCCGGCCAGGACAUCUCGGGCGACAACUUCCUCGUCAAGUACGACCUCGCUUCGCGCCAGGUCCUCUGGCAGCGCAACCUCACUGCCGUCACGGGCGGCGUGUACAGCGGCUUCCAGGACACUGCCCACGCCGCCGACGGCACCACCUUCGCUCUCGGCACCUUCCCCAGCAGCAUCAUCCGCGUCAGUGCCGACGGUGAGACCGCCGCCACCUGGUACCUGCAGACGCCCCCUGACCACACGGUACACGGCCUCUCGGGGCUCGUCUCCUCGCCGGACGGCAAGUCGCUGCUGGUCGUGGACAACGCCGACGGUCAGCUCUACCGCUUUGACAUCUCGGCCGCCGAGGGGACGCCGGUCCGCGUCCCGCUGACCGGCGCGGAGCUCAUUGGCACCGCUCUCGAUGGCGUUUCCAUCCCCUCGCGUUACCACGGCACCGUCAUCCUGGUUUCGGACAACGCCGCGGGCACGGUGGUGCUCCGCUCGCAGGACGGCUCGUGGGACACGGCGGAGGUGUUGGGCACGGUGCCGGCUUCGCCGCUGGCCGAGGGCGGAGCCAGUGUGACCACGGUGCAGGUUGGCGGUAGCGUUUAUGCCGUGUCCGAGUGGUUCAUGGACGACAAGGUCGCUGGCACGUUGGCGGGCAACCGCACGGAAUGGCCGCUGGUCGAUAUUUCGGCUCAGAUCGACGCCCUGCUGAUCUGACCGCGAGGGGUCUAAUACGAUUGCUGAUCAACCAACGGACUUGAAGGAAACAAGAAUAGAAGGGGGGAGGAGUAAAUGACUAUAUAACCAGGGGAAGGGGGGUUGAUGACGUAAACUAAUUACUAUUUUCCUACUGAA